AUGCUCCUCCAACCCAUCACCAACCCCGGCAAAUGUGCCCGAUCUCUCGCCGUCCUCCUCAGCAUAUGGGCCUUCAUCUACCUCUUCUCCCCCUUCAACCUCCGCCUCGACAAAAACGAAAUCAGCUACAACGACGAAGCAAUCUGGGGCAACCGGCACGACAUCUGCCGCGCCUACGGGUGGAAACCCUACCAACCCCGCCAAUCCUCGGACCCUCCCCGCAAGCUCUACGACUUGGUCCUCGUCACCACAGAACUCGAUCUCCUAGAAGUCCGCUUCAACACCACCUGGGACGCAGUAGACUACUACGUUCUUGUGGAGAGUGCCAAGACUUUUACGGGGCGAAACAAACCUCUGCUGCUCAAACAGGCUCUGGAUGAAACCCCUUCCCGGUUUGAGACGUAUAAAUCCAAGAUUAUCUACCACCAGGUCCAAUACCCCGAGGAUUUCAGCCCACCGCCCACGCCGCCGAGAGGAUCCGGCUCUGGAUCUGGAUCAGCAUCAGUAUCACCAUGGGAAGACUUCCACCUAAACGCCAUGUUCGAUCAAGUCUUUCCCCUACUCGAAGCCGAAACUAAAUCCCCCAUGACCAACCCCAAUGUGAACUCGGACCUUCAAUCCAGUUACCCCCUCUCUUUAUCAAAUUCCUCCUCCUCCUCCUCCAAAUCCUCCUCCCCACGGCGUCCCCACACCAACGACAUCCUCCUCCUCUCCCUCGCCCCGGAGAUCCCCCGCCCGCACAUCCUCGGUCUCCUCCGCGAAUGCUUCUUCCCCGAGCGCUUAACUCUCUCCUCCAAAAUGCAUUACUACUCGUUCCAAUUCGUCCGUCGCCCGUCGUGGUUUUCUCGCACUCAAGAUUACGGCCCGGGGUAUAUAGAUCGAGAGUCUCGAGAAGUGGAGUGGUCACAUCCGCAGGCCACCGUUUAUCGGGGGACAGGGACAAGAGGAAAAACGGUGAAGAUGGGGGGCUCGGCGGGGUUGAGGUAUGGUUCUCGUUCUGGUGUUAUUGCCGGGAUUGGAGGUGGGAAGUGGUGGAACGGGUGGAUGGGAAAGGGAACCUGGGCUGAGAACUGGUUGGCCAGAUGGGAAGGGAGAGAAACUUUGCGAAGCGCAAGUUGGACUUGUGAAGCCUGUUUCCCCACCCUCGCACAAUUCCUCCUUAAAGACGACGAGGUAUACGGACCCGGUCAUCGCCUCGACUCGCUUACGAACAGCGACACGGAGAAAGAGAGGAUAGUCCGCUACGUGCGCGAGGGAAAAGAUCUGUGGUCUGAUCUCCAUGAGCGUGAGGAGGGGGGAAAGUGGGUGUUUGAGGAGGUGGUUAAUAACACGGACGUUCCUAGUUUGUUGCUUGGAUCGGAAGGCAAGGAGGGGCGGAGGUUGGGGUUUUUGAUGGAGAGGGGAGGGAGGAGUGGUGGGUUUAGGGACUAUAAGGUGCCGAGGGUGGGGGUGGUGGAAGAUACAGAAAACGUGAAAGAAGGGGAGGAGAGGGUGGUGGCGAUCGGGAAGCAGGGAUGA